AUGGAAGCAGGACUUACGGCUUCGCAGCAAAACUUGGCAGAUAAUAGUUCGAUUGCUGCUCGUCAAAACCAAAUUGAAGGUCAAUAUUCACACUUGUUGGGAUUGGCAAAAGAAAGACAAAAUAAAUUAGAUGAAACCGUUAAGGCUUAUGUUCUUGUAAGGGAAGCUGCAGAAUUAGCCAAUUGGAUUAAGGAUAAAGAGAAUUAUGCCGAAGUGGAAGAUAGGGCUGUGAAAUGA